UUUAGAGAGAAGGAUGUUGUGGGGGGCCGUGUCAAAGGCUUUGCAGAAGUCCAGAUAGAUGACGUCCAUUAAACCCUGCAUUUCUGGAGGUUUACAACCUGUGUGGGCUCGCAGCCCCCAGCUCCUGCAGGACCAAAAUGCCGUUUGGGCUCCGGAUGAAGCCGCCCUGACGACGCUGGCAGAGACCCUGAAGCAGCACGGCGUCGACCACGAAGUGUGGACUGAGCAGCCUGAGAACGUGGCCACCUGCCUGGCGCUCAGGCCUUACCCGAAGGACCAAGUGCACCAGCACCUGAAGAAAUUUAAAUUGUUGAAGUGAGCCCGACGGGGCACGGGCAGCUCCCCUCCUGCGCCAGAGCCGAGCUCACACCGGGCAGGCGCCCGGAGGAAAGCUGCUGUGUCCCGGGAGCGCUGUGCUGGCGCUCAGCAGCCAGGUAGUCGGCUCCGUGCGUGCUGAUAGCGGUUACGUGGUGUGGAGGGGCUCUUUGGUGGGGAGGAUUAAAUGUUACUCUGUGCAGAAAGGGGCUACGCGUUGUAUUAAUCCACUUUCUGCAUGCCGUUGAUGUGCUUGUGGGUCAUCCCACCGCCCAGCGCAGGCAAACUUCUGGGUUCUGCCGUGCUUGAAAAUGUCUCUGCUGCUCUUUAGGGGCGACUCUUCCCUUGGGCAGCCCUUGGGGCUUCCCUGUCC